UAGUAUACAAAAAAAAAAGAAGAACCAACUAUCGACAACAACAAAAACUUUAAUCAAAUAAGAAAUACUUCUUGUAUUAUUUAUUUUUAUUCUUUUCUCUACGUAUAUUGUAUUUUAAGAAUGUUUGUUAAGUCAGCAUCUCCCCUCAUUUACAUUUAAUACGUGACCGUGUUGAAAACUUUAGACGCUACAACAAUAAAACUUAUACAGCUUAUGGAUGACUGUGCCAUUGAUAAUUAAUAAUCGAAAAGCCGCCAGCAAGAGCAAUACUAUCACCAUGAACGGUCGCAGCAUAAAAGUUCAUCGUGUACCGGCAACUAUUGCUGCCAUUCUUAUAUUAUGUUUCCUGUUCUAUAUGUUUGGUGGUAGCGAGGAGCAGCGACCAGCCAUGUAUGGCAUGCUGAGGAAUCAAAAUAAGGUGAAUAUGCGCAAGCUGUUAAUUGGCGCCAUACAGGCGGCCCAACGAGGUGGCAUGGAGAUAUUGGAGGUGGCCAAGUCUAGGGACUUGAAGCAGAAAAGUAAGGGUAAAACAGAUGAGGGUGCGAAUGAUCCAUUUACGGAUGCUGAUGGCCGUUCGCAUUGUGUUAUGAAACAGGGACUGCAUCGUAUCUUUCCACGUGUCACUAUUUUCUCAGAAGAAGAUAAGGAAAGUUGUGCGGAGGCAAAUACAUUUGAUUUGGAUCCAACGGUGCUGCAUGAAACUGCUGAAAUUCCGGAUGAAUUGGUGAACAUUAAAGAUGUAACUGUAUGGAUAGAUCCCUUGGAUGCUACGCAGGAAUUUACAGAACAACUCUAUGAAUAUGUCACGACCAUGGUGUGUGUGGCCGUCAGCGGUAAACCUGUCAUUGGAGUUAUACAUAGCCCCUUUAUAGGACAAACAGCCUGGGCUUGGGUGGAUCAUUCUAUGUCCGAAUAUCUUUCAUCCAUACAUCCUGAAGCAACCAAUGUUGAUCAUCCCAUCAUUACAGUGUCACGGUCACAUGCUGGCGAUGUCAAAGACCUGACACGUUCAGUAUUUGGUGAAAAUUCCAAUAUUCUAACAGCAGCCGGUGCUGGAUAUAAGGUGUUGCAAGUGGUGGCCAAUAAUGCCACCGCCUAUUUGCAUUCAACCAAAAUUAAGAAAUGGGACAUUUGUGCUGGUGAUGCCAUUUUGAGGGCUCUCGGUGGUACCAUGACCAACCUAGAUGAUGAACUAAUUGACUAUGGACCCGAUGAGUCGCCGGUAAAUGCUCGUGGUCUUUUGGCCACCAUUAUAAAUCAUGAGGAGUAUAUAGACAAAUUAAUGAAUUAUCGUAAUACCCACAACAGUAGUAAAAAUCGUAGAUAGUAUAAUUUAAAUUCAAAGAGUUGAACAACUUUUAAAACAUAGAAUUCUAAGGCAUUAAAAAAAACUACAACGUAAAUAAUAAUUGACGAAUUUAGAAAUAAAUUAAUGGAAAGUAAAGAAAUUAAACCUCAAAAAAGAAAAGAAAAUCGAA